GUUGGACUCUCUUGUGGUACUCUGUUUUUGUUCUUGUUUAUUUAUUUUUGAUUAGCUGUUGAGGCCUUUUUCUGCUGUACCUACCACCUUGGGGAUUUACCUUUUGACUUGGAGGAUUACCUUUGUUCUCUUGGAAUUACUUUUGACGUUGUGGAUUUAUAUUUUUGCCUGAAGAACUUUCAUUUCUUACUUUAUUAAAACACUAGGUGACUGUUUCUCACACCGGAGACUCGGGUUCGUAACCGGGUCCUGACAGAUGCGGCACCCAGCUACGCUCCUCAGGCAAAUAUCCCUCCCAGUCCACCAGAUACUGCCACCCGCGGCCCCGAUGGCGCACUUCCAACAGCCACCGGACUGUAUAGGCAGGAUGGUCAUCGAUAAGACGAGUGGGUGGAGGAGCAGCUGCAGGAGGGGACAAGGGACUGGAGCAGAAUGAUUUAAUUAAUGAAACAUGGAAGGUGGAGUGAAUCUUGAGAGAGUCCGGGAGUUUUAGAUGAACAGCAGAAGGGUUUAUGACAUGAUCAAUCUCGAAGGGGCCAAUGAGUCGGGGAGCUAGUUUUUUCGAAACCACUUUCAGAGGCAAGCCCUUCGAAGAAAGCCAUACCCUUUGGCCUGGAGUGUAGACUGGAGCCACAGCACGACAACGAUUAGCCUUGGAUUGGGUCCUGGCAGAGGCACGAAGAAGAGCAUUCCGGGCCCUCCUCCAAGUGCGAUGACAACAGCGCAUGUUGUCCUGGACUGAGGGCACCGCUUCUUCAACCUCCUGUGCAGGGAACAAGGGAGGCUGAUGGGAAGGGAAUGGACAGUGGCCUCCUGCCUGAUGCCAACGGAACAGAGCCCAGCCCGGGAGGACAGAGGGAGGACAGAGGGAAAUGGCAGAAGCCGCGGAUCAGUCGUAAAUCUCUGAUGAAGUGCUGUCUCGUCAAAUGGAUCAUCGACAACACAACACGAGCACAGGGGCCAGAGAGUAGUGACUGUGAAUUGGAGCUUUCUACUGUUCGUCACCAGCCCGAAGGCUUAGAACAGCUCCAGGCCCAGACCCAGUUUACCAGGAAAGAGCUGCAGUCGUUCUACAGAGGCUUCAAAAAUGAGUGUCCUAGCGGGCUGGUGGAUGAGGAGACGUUCAAGACCAUCUAUUCACAGUUCUUCCCCCAGGGAGAUGCCACCACAUAUGCACAUUUCCUGUUCAACGCUUUUGACAUGGACAGAAAUGGCUCUAUCCGUUUUGAGGACUUUGUGAUUGGCCUAUCUGUACUGCUCAGAGGUUCAGAAACAGAGAAGCUCCAGUGGGCCUUCAAUCUGUAUGAUAUUAACAAGGAUGGCUGCAUCACCAAGGAGGAGAUGUUGGCCAUAAUGACAUCCAUCUAUGACAUGAUGGGCAGGUAUACCUCUCCCAGUGUACGAGAUGAUGACCCAUCUGAGCAUGUGGACAAGUUCUUUCAGAAAAUGGAUCGGAACAGAGACGGAGUGGUGACCAUCGAUGAGUUCAUAGAGACCUGUCAGAAGGAUGAAGAUAUAAUGGCCUCCAUAAAGCUCUUUGAGAAUGUAAUCUAGGUCUAGGACUGGACAGAGAACACAGUAUAUAUGUCAAGAUGACCUUUGAUUCCAAUAGCAGACCCUACAAGCCCCUCCGUACCUUGCCCCUCGCCGUUGGAUAAUAGAAGAUUAAUGACACGUCAAAAUGAGGACAGUAAACAUAAACAUUUUUACUGACGACAUGCCUCUGACUUUGAGUAAAGCCAGAGUGUUUAUGUAUGCGGACGACUCAACACUAUACACGUCAGCUACCACAGCGACUGAAAUGAUUGCGACACUUAACAAAGAGCUGCAGUUAGUUUCAGAAUGGGUGGCAAGGAAUAAGUUAGCCCUAAAUAUUUCUAAAAAUAAAAGCAUUGUAUUUGGAGCAAAACACUCACUUGACCCUAAACCGCAACUAAAUCUUGUAAUAAAUAAUGUGGAAAUUGAGCUAGUUGAGAUGACUAAACUGCUUGGAGUAACCCUAGAUUGUAACCUGUCAUGGUCAAAACAUAUUGAUACAGUAGUAGCUAAGAUGGGGAGAAGUCUGUCUUUAAUAAAGCGAUGUUCCGCCUUCUUAACAACACUAUCAACAAGGCAGGUCCUACAGGCCCUAGUUUUGUCGCACCUUGACUACUGUUCAGUCGUGUGGUCAAGUGCCACAAAAUAGGACUUAGAAAAAUUGCAAUUGGCUCAGAACAGGGCAGCACGGCUGGCCCUUGGAUGUACACAGAGAGCUAAUAUUAAUAAUAUGCAUGUCAAUCUCUCCUGACGGAAAGCGAAGGAGAGAUUGACUUCAUCACUUACAUAUCACUUACAUACUUUGAUUUAUGAGAAGUUUUGACAUGUUGAACGCACCGAACUGUCUGUCUACACUACUGGCACACAGCUCGGACACCCAUGCACCCCCACAAGACAUGCCACAAGAGGUCUCUUCACAGUCUCCAAGUCCAUAACAGACUAUGGGGAGGCACACAGUACUACAUAGAGCCAUGACUACAUUGGACUCUAUUCCACAUCAAGUAACUGACACAAGAAGUAAAAUAUGAUUUUAAAAAACAGAUUCAAAAACACCUUAUGGAACAGC